ACUAAAUCCUAGCAGGUGCAAAGCCUAUCUCACAUCUCAAAAUAGUAGUUCUGGUAGAAUCCCAAAUAAUGAGCCCCUGUGUACCUGGGCAGCACAUGUGCCUGUAGUGUCUGCUCUGUGUAGGUUAUUUAAACGCAUUUUCAUCUCACAUGGCUUUGUAGUGCCCAAGUGUUAAUGCUGGUUUCCUGGCCAGCCUUACUCCCAUCAUGUCAUGUGGGGCAGUUAAGCAUCUUCACAGCACUUUCAUAAUUCUUCUAGGCUUGUUGAACAAGAAGGUGGUGAAAAACGAAUUUAAUGUCUUGAAGUGUGAGGCUUAGAGUUUCUUAUCUCUGAAAAUUCCCCACAAAAUACUGGGUAGUUUGAAGGGAGGUUUAAGGCAGGUGCAGGUUGUCAUGGUUGCUGCUGAUGUCACAGUCCGAAAAUGACCUGUGGCUGCCCUAUGAGGGCGGUUCCAAGUGCUCCAUGUAGUUCCAUUAUUUUCAAUGCAUCCCUAGUGGGUCAGGCAGGUGAGUCUGUUGGCUCAACCAUACCUUGAGCCCACUCCAGUGCAGUCCUUCCUUCCCAGGGGAUGAGAGCUUCCUUCUCCCUGCCUGGCGCUGCUGCCAGUGUGUGUCAGGGAGCCCUCUGAGCUGCUGGCUUUGCACAUCUCUUGCAGUGAGUGGGUAUUUCACAGCUAAUCCUCUUCCUUCUGAAAGAGGUGGAAUAGUUGUGUGGGCAGAAUACAUUGUUGGGUAAAUCAAAACUUUAUUUUGAAUUGGAAUUUAAAAACUUGACCCAGCUACUCAGCUUUGGUAUAGAAAUCAUUUUGCUGGACUUCAAGAUCUAAUCCUGCUGCCACUGCUGUCCUUCACAGCAGGAGGGCCCUUGCCAUGGAAAGCUGCAAUUGUUUAACAUGUGGAGAAAAACUGCAGCUUAUGGGAUGUUGGGCCAGGUCAAGUAGGGCUUUUACUCCUCCACAACUACCAACAGGUUGGACACAUAGGUUUCAAGGAAGGAUGGAUGGAAUUUUCAGCUUUAUGCAUUACAGAUGAAGGAGGAGAAAAUGUAGUAAGCAAAGUGGACUGUAACAACAGGCCGGUAGGCCUGUGGUCACUAUCAUAUAGUUGGAUUUUGCUGAUGAGAUGGUAGUAAGUCCUUUUGAGUUUGAUACAAGGUGCCCAAAAUUAUGUAAUCCUCCUUUCUCUCUCCUCUGUCAUCUCUUUCUACUGUACCAGACUGCCGAGGUACAAAGGCUCUGGAAGGUCCAACCCAAAUAGUAUGUGGCUGCAAUUUGUGAAUCUUGUAGCAAAACUCUGCUAUUUUCACAUUCAUUUGGUCCCACCAAACGCAGCAUUGGCUGCUCAGAGCAGCAGGUGGUGCCUGUUUUGAACCUGUGCUGCACAAUUGCCUUUGCUACUUCUACUCCUUUCCCCAGCAGCACAGUAAACUGACGUGUGAGAGGAAGCUAUGGCAUCAAAGGAGCCGGUCUCCUUUGUGGACAGAACCACCUGGGAUUUCCUCAACUUACUGGACAUGCUGGGGAGCCGGAAUGGACGGGUGGGUGUGAUGGAGGUGGACCAUGCCGAUUCAAGAGCUCCCUCAUUGCUGGUGGAUUUUACCCGGGACCUGUGUGGCACAGGGGACAUCAAGCACAAACAGCAGGCAGAGAGUGAGGGAAAGGAAGAAGAGGAUAUGGUUCCGCCACAUCUGAUUUUUAUGCUAUGGCAAGCCAGUGUGUUGAAAAGGCUCAUGCAGUGGGAUCACCUGGAGGAGGCUGUCCGGGAUGUGAGGAACCUCCUCCCCUGCCUGCCGGACGUGCUGGUGCUUGUGAUGAUCCGUCCUGACUCCCAGGAGCAGCUGGACCAGGCAGUGAGAGCGCUGAGGAGAAUGCAGUGCGUGCUGGACGGGGCCCUGCAACUGACCGUGGAGACUGCAAUCUACAGCCCAGGCCAGCCUGGAGGUGUCCUGGAGGCAAAGAGAGCUGCCUGUAGGGCACUGAGAGAAGCCUUGAACUGCCAUGAAGAAAUCGACUCCCAGGAGCCAUUCAUUAUUUCACUCCCAGAGCUCAGAUACUGCCGAGUUCUGCCUGAACGUAGGCAAGAGAAGGUAUCAAAGACAGAUGCAGAAUGAAUUCCCUUGGGCAGCAGAACCUGUCAGGUUGGUUUUAGCACUGUCCUGCUGGAUGUCCCUUUGCAGAUCACUUCCCGGUCCCUUGCUUGUCUGCCCAGGCCUUUUGCAUGGAUGAGAGUCAGUGUGUGGCUGCUGCCAGAAGGGGACGCUGCGCCCUCAGCAUCACACUGUCCUUGCCACAAAACUGAGUUCUUUCCUGCAUUGGCUGAACAAUCUGCCCCGGGAAAGUUUUAUCAAAAAUCAGAGUUUCUUCUUUGUAUUAAAUGCCUUGCUGGAUUAUCAAAAUGUCCCUAAGAAACCUGUCCCUAAGAAAACAGCUGUCAGCAAAGAGAGAAUCAGAGCAGGCCAGAGGCCUCUAGAUUUUAAACUGUCCCAAAACUGAAACAGUGAGAGAAACUCAAGACUAAGGCCUAAGACCAUGUUUUCCCAGGAGAACCUGGGUGCAGGAGUCUGUGGUACAUGGUUCCCAUCAGCAAAAAAGCUCCUGAAACUCCCCAGAGUUCUUUAUAGCAGGGAGUUGACCUUAUAUCAAGUGGGUACACAUCCAGCAGAUUGAAUUACUGGGAUGGAUUAUUUUGGAUGGGAGGAACUGUGGGAGCACUAGAUUAUUUUUAAAUCAAAUUACCCACAUAAUACCUGAACUCAUUUCCCAUCCUCUUUGGGCAUGGCAAAGCACUAUAGGUAGCUGCAUCUUUUUGCAUUGGGAGUUUAUAUAUCUAUUUUUUUCUCUGGUGUUUUUUGUAGAUCUUUUGUCAUCCUAAGAUCUUCAUUACCAUCAAAAGAAGGAUUAAACACCUGAUAUUUAUCUC